UUUUUUCUUUUUCUUUUUUUAUUUUAUUUAUAUAUAGACUAUGUCAGAGCUGACAAUUCAUGUUGAGUUUAGUGGAGGUAUGGAGCUUUUGUUCCAAAAUGUCAGCAAACAUACCAUCAAAUUCCCAGCCACCAACAACAAGACAGGAAAGCCCUCUAACCUUCAAAAUUUAAUCUUCCAUAUUCGCGAUACCAUGAUGACUGAGAAACAAGACUUAUUUGUUGAAAAGGAUACAGUGCGCCCUGGUAUUUUGGUACUGAUCAACAACACCGACUGGGAAUUGUGUGAUGAAUUAGAAUAUGAAUUAGAAGACAAGGACGAGAUUGUUUUUAUCUCCACUUUACAUGGUGGAUAAAUUGUCAUAAUAAAAAAAAGGUUAUUUUUAUAGACUGCGUAAA